UCUGGAAAGGGCACCAGAAGGAAAACCAGGAGGAAAAAAAAGUCAGAAGUCAGACAGAACAGAAAGGCAAGAGCUCCUCCUCCACUGCCCCCCACCCCAAUGGCUUAGGAUCUGCCUUCCAGCCCCUAAAUUGGCUGAUUUUGGCAAGGGCUGGAUGGCUUCCAAACAGAGCUGCCCCUUUCUGAGGCUGAGCCUCCAGUCAAGGUGGGGCAGAUAGAGGGCUCCUCCUUGCAGGAGAAGAGGCAACUACUUUGAGAACCCCCCCCCACAUCACCUCUUGGCUGCAGCCGCCGCUGGGCCCCCUCUGCAUCGGCUGGGUGAAAUGGUGUGGCCCCUUGCUGCUGAGGGCCACCGACUCCUGGCUGGGCUUCCUCCAGUGUGCUUUCAUCUCCUGGCCCUGGAUGUAAUGUGCAAUCUCCUGGAGGCAGGGAGGGGGAUACAUGGGCACCCACAUCAUCCCCAUUGCCUCCAGAGGGCUGGUGGAGAUGGCCUCCCCAUAUGUCUUCUUGGUCUCAAACACUGCCGCCCAACAACGAGGCCUAAGGAUGCCAGUCUUGGGCUCAGAUGCUGAGAGCAGUCCCUUCUGGGACACACUGCCAGCCCCACCCGAGACCUUUCUGGGUUCCCCCCCCCCCCAUCUCCAAAGGCCUCCCAAAACCAGGAGGUUGGUCAGGGCUUUCAAAAAGUCUGUGAGGGAGGCAAGUCCAUGACCAGCAGCCCCCUCCCCUGACCCCCCCUCAGCUUGAUCCUUACCCCCCAACAAAGCAGGAGAGGGCAGGCCUCCACGACCAGCUGCCAGGCAACCUCAGUUGGUCCCUGGACCCACAAUAUCCCCCUGGGAGCUGUCCAGCGGUCUGCCUCUUGGUCUCCCCUCCUCCCUCUACCUCGUCUUGUGCUACUUGGGCGGCUCUGUAGUCCUCUCUCUGCUCCUGGCUCCUCUGGGCUCUCUGCAGGUGGCAAGGGGAAAGGAGUCACACCUCAUGGACCCUGUCCCACAUCGCCCCUCUGCCCCACCAAGGAAGCCACAAGGCCUCUGGUUGCUUGGGCUGCAGCUGCCCUCUUGUGCAGCCCCUUUCCUGCCCAGAGAGAGGGGUCAAGGGAGGGAUCCUCUUACCAGGCGGCUCCACUCUUCCUCUUGCAGCUUCCGGGCAAGGGCCUCAUCCCGCCAGAGCUGCUCCUGGGUCUGGGCCGCUCUCCGACCAAGGGGCUUCAUCCUACACACUGAGCCCAGACAAGGAGAAAGGCAAUGGUCAGAGAAUGAAGCGCAUCCCUGAGAGGACAAGGCCCAUGGGACACAUGGCUGCCCUUUCACGGUGUUUGCGGCAGGUACAUCUUCUGUGGCCUGCAUGCACAGGGAUUGGGGAGGGAGCCUGAGGAGAGGGCCCCUGAAAGAGCUCCUGAAUGGGGACAGGGACCCUUGCUGGCCCCCUAGGGGCCCUGGACUUUGAAGAGGCCCCUGUGGGUCCAUUACCUCCGCUGCCUUGGCCGUCCCGAUCCUGGCUUUCAGACGAUUAUCCUCCUCCCUACCUUUGGCAAAGCUCUCCUUCCAGGCAAAUCCACCUGGGCCUCAACUGCUCUGUCUGCUCCACCAGGGAGGAGUGCAAACAGGUCCAGGCAAGCCUGGCAAAGGCAACCCGGCAUCCCAAGCCAAGCCACAGCCAGGCAGACGGGUGUGUGGGUGGGCAGGCAGGGGCCUGUCUGUGCCAGCCUCUGCUCCACCAUCUGCUCCUCCCCACUCUCCUCUCAUACACUCAAGACUCCAGGUUCUCUCUUAAGACACCUGUGAGGGCUGCUGAACCCAGCAGGAAAUGUUCAACCCCAGCAAAUCCCCCACCCAUAUCUUCUGGGGGGCAGUCUGGCAGGGCACCUGGGGCUGGCUAGGAAUAAACUGGCAGGCCACUAUGCAGGGCACCUGGUCCCAACGCAAGGGAAGAGAGGGAGCCCAAAUCUCCAAUAGGUCCCCAGCCCAAUUGAAGUGCCUCUGGCCAUGGUGCAGGGGGUACCUGGCCUCCUUCCACCUCCUUCCUCCCUCGGAGUCUCUCUGCUCCAUCUCACUUUGGAUGGCUCCAUCCAUCUUCUCCCUUGGAGGGUUGGGGGAAGGAAGGGCAGGGGGAGGCACCAUUUAUGGGGCACGUGCCACAAAAAGGGCACCCCAAGGGGCCUGAUGAGCAGAGGGGAGCUCCAAGGCAGGCAGCCCCCCAGAGAGGGGGCAAACGAUGGAGUCCAGUGCUGGGGAAGGGACUCCCCCCCCCCCACUUUGCCAAAGCAGACUCAGCCAGACUGGCCUUCUGGCCCUGCAGCCAAAAGGGUCUGAAUAAUGGGGGCAGGAGGUCAGGGGGCCCUUCUGGGCCUUACUCUCUUUCUUUUCCAGCAAGGCAGGAGGGUCAGCCCCAUUGCCUGCCUUCCUCCCCCUCCUCUCCAGGGUCCAUGUCCUGCUGCCUCCCCCCACAAGCCCAGUGGUGGUGAAUCAGAUAUUGUCAGGCCAUGUGUGUGGAGGGAGUGGGUCAGUGUUUUUGCAAUGGGGGCAGCCUUGACGUCACAUGAUGAAUCACCAGGACAUGGAGGGGGGGAGACAGAGGGGGAGUGCCUCUUGCAUUGCUGCCAAGAGGAGCCAACCUUGAGAACGUCCCCAAAACAUGGCUAGUUCCUCUGAGGGGGAGAGAGAAGCCCCUCAUGAAAACCAGGGCACUUGGCUCCAGAGGUGAGCCAGGACUCCAUUUAAUUAACUUGAACAACAAAAGGAGCAGCAAAGACGUCAGUGGCAGCCAUCCAGGCCUGGAGGUGCCAAGCCCACCCCCCAAAUGGGAACAGAGGAGGACCCACAGGCGCAAGGUGCCGCCUUCGGAGGCUGCCUGAAUUAGUGGGUGCCUCCAAUCUGGGCUCCCUGGAAGGAAGGAACCAGGACAAAAAAGUGAUGGAGCCAAAGGAAGGGAAGGGGGGGAGCCCAAAGGGGGAAGGGGCCAAGGCGUUGCCCCCCAUCCUCACCCCACAUACUUUCCUACAGGCAGCGGGCCAGAGCUCAGUCUUCCAGGACUGCAAAAUCCCAACACAUUGCAGGGCCUGGCCUCCCGGGGAGCCCCCAUUCCCCCUUUGGCCAACCUGCUAGGAGCCCCUUGUGUGGGGAGAGCCAAGGUUGCCCCUUCCCAGCACAGCCUCAGGCUGACAUCCAAACUGUGGGUGGGCAGCCUGAGCCUCUGAGCUAUUUUUACAGGCCCCCGCUAUUAGGCCAGGCAGGAGGGAAUGCAUGUUGGAAGGGGGCUCACACCUUGAGCUUUGUUGUGGUAACAUCGAGAGGGUGGGCUUAUGUGUUUGCGCUUGCAUGCACACACACACGAGUGUGAGUGUGUAUAAGGCAACCAACAAAGUUUGUGUGUGUGUGUGGUCUAGCAUAUGCUGUGAUUGUGCAAGAGAAAUGUGUGAUGCAGAAGUUACAAGCGCAGGAGGGGUCCCAGCUGGUGCCGGAGCCAAAGAUUUGAGAGAGAUUGGGGGGUAGGAAGGCGCUAGAUGAGACGUGAAAGGGCCUGGAUUUUCCAGGGGAGAGUGGUGUUUUCAUUUGGCGGUUCCCUUCUGGAUGAAAUCGGCCUGUAUGGCUUCACAGCCAGUCCCCAAAUGUGGACAAAAGGGGCCGCACUGCGUGUGGUUUGUUGCCGCAGCGUGGCUCGGCUGGCAGCCCCUCCGGCCCUCCAUUCGGCUCUCUUUUGGGGAGUUUGGAAAACAACAAAAGUCUCCCCGCCCCCGGUUCUCCUGCUGUGUUUUAUUGUGACCUGCAGCAAAGCUUCUAAAAAAUAAUGUGCAUGCCUUGCUGUUAUUUAUCUUGCGUUCUGUAUAACUUUGUGCUUUGCACUUUACACUGUUGCAUAAAUGUUAGCAACAAAUGUUAGCAAGGAAGCAUCACUGGACAGCUGCAAAAGUUGUCUGUGUAAGCUGAGAAAGUGGAACGGAGUGAGGCGGGCCUCUGUCACCAGGCUGAUGAGCUCUGGAGUCCUUUUUUGCAACAUUAACAACUGUCCAAUGGAGUGAGAAAGUUAGCUUGCUGGAUACGUUUUGGUUACUUAUGUAGUUUAACGUUUAAAGAUGGGAAAAGAGUAGCUCUUGCUCUUGCUGGCCAGGCUGUGCUCUCCCCAUGGUCCACCACUUGCCUGCCCUGCCCUGCCCUGCUUCCAGCCUCGGCUUCCCUCCUCAGAGCUAGUGAUGCUGGGCAAGUCCUCUCCAAAAAGCUGCCAAAACCCCCCAGGGGAUACUGGUACUAGAAUCACUGAGAGGGCCAGAUGCAGGCAGAUGUGCCCAUGACUUCAUCUCAAUGCUUAUUUUCUUAUCACGGGGAGAAGGCUCCCACAGGAGCCUCUGGGGGGGAUCUCCUUCAUCCGUCUCCCCAAAGGCAGGGCAAGGGGUGGCAGUGGGGCUGCCGUGGGGGCCCUUGCCAUUGGCUCUUGCCUUGCGUCAGGCCUGCCUGGCCCAUCGAUCAGCCUUGCCAUCCUCUGGCCAUCACUGCCAAUGACACAUCCCCAUCCUUCAUUAGGGUGUGAUUUAUAGCUGGAAGGUGCUCUCAGAUUUUUAUGUCCAAUUUAUAAACUUUCUUACUCCCCACCCUCCUCCUUCUGUUACUGCGUCUGUCCGCUUUGUCCAUCAGGCAAGGAGACGGGUAAUUUAUUGACUGAAAACUGCGUGGAAGGAUGACAUCAACGCACCCAGUGCUGUGGCGUGUGUCCCGCCUGCGGACCAGGCGCCCAUUGGAGGAGCUGCUGGGGUGGAGGUGGCGGGCGUCACCGGGCCACGGGGGGAAGAGACCAUAUAGGCCCAGGGUGGAGGCCACUUGGGGAGAAGCCACGCCGGCUGGCCAGGGGUCCCAAGCCAAAGGCAGCCGCUGAGUUCAAGGCAUGCAGGUGGGCAGGAUGGAGAAGCUGGGCUGGAUCUGCCUCUCCCUGGCCAGCCUCACUGGGCCGGUCUGUGGGACGCUCUCCCCUGUGGCCAUGACCAGAGACCUCACCUCUUGGCCCCCGGCACCUGAUGGAGAAGAUGCCAGGCUUGGUCUGGAGGAGCUGAACAGCCAGAACCGGGGGGUCCUUCGGCAGAGCCUGGCAGCAUUGCUGGGCCUCGAGGAAGAUGAUGACCCUCCCAGCAAAACAGGUCUCCGGCCAGACAGCUUCCAGCCAGAAAGCGUCAAAAAGGUGCUCCUCGCAGGCCUCCCCCGGGCCAUGCUCCUGAGCCGCUUGCUGGCGAACAACAGAAAACAGUACAAGAAGCGUGGCAACCUCUCCGAAUGCUUCUGGAAAUAUUGCGUGUAACCGUCUGGGAGCACCAGGUUCUCCUCUGGCUGGGCUCCCGGCCCCGGCCAUCCCUCCUUAAUCCAUGAUGUGAUCAAGAACUGUGUUCGAUCCCUGCAUAUAGACCUGUAGCCUCUCAGCCAUGGCUGAAAUAAAUGACAUCUGAAGUGGCAAAACUGUCCAUGCUCCUGGCUGUCUGUGGGAUGAAUAAACCUCUGCUUGGUU